AUGGCAGUACAACCGGUGCAACCACCAGUCUGGCUUUCAAAUUUGCUAUCAAAGGUGCGUGGGGGUAACAACGAGAGUGUUCCUGAUGUCACAAAAAAUUGUUACCCAGACAAUAACUCCUGGUAUUAUUCUACAAAUGACAUUUUGAUGUCUAUUUUCGAUAAAGGAAUAUCCUCCAUUAUUCUUGAAAUUUCUGAAGAGACUUCAGAUAGCAUACUAAAUAUCACUGAAAAAUGGAAAUUAUUAGGUGUCAAACACAUUUUAUUCAUGCACUAUGAAAAUUCAAAGUUAUUAGCUCUGUGGUCUAAGAUUCUGCAAACAAUCUGUGAUGACAUAUGGUGGCUAUUUUUUGACGAAAAUGAUGUUCAUUAUCAGUUACUGGAGAUGUGGGGGCUUGAAAGCAGCUGCACUGCAAUGGGUUGGAUAUUAUUAAACAAAAGUUGCGUUCUCCAGAGUUAUUCAACAGAUGAUGCUACAAAUGUAGACAACACAAAUAAUCAGGAAAUGGCUUUAAAUUCAUCUGUCAUACGACGACAGAAUCACUCACUCAAAACAUCAAUAAAUGACGAAAGAAGAAGAAAGAAGUCUAAACCGAAAUUAGUGAGAUUAGCACUUGAUGAAAGUCCACCUUACUUGACGCUGAAUAUGUCUACAGAUGGGGAAAUUGGAUUGUUAAGUGGCCCAGAAGCUGAACUUCUUCGAACUCUUCAGCAAAAAUUCGGUUUUGAGUACAAACUAAUGAAAUCUCCAGAUGGCGAAUGGGGUAGAAUUAAGAAUGGCUCCUGGACCGGACUUAUUGGAAUGGUUACCAGAAAAGAAGCUGACAUGGCAUCAGGUUGUGUGUCCGUAACUUCACAAAGAUUUGGAGCUUGUGGUUUCUCUUACCCUUUUGACAUACAAAAAAGUGUAAUCAUCAGCAAGACUCCAGAGGAAAAGCCAAAGACAUAUGCUGUUCUUUUACCUUUUCCAGUUCAAGUAUGGCUACUCAUGUUGUUGUCGUUACUGGUUUAUCUGCUACUUUUCUACUUCACUGGAAGAGUCUACCAAACUAUCUAUUUAAGACAAUCAUAUAGUAUUGAGAGUUUAUUUUGGUAUCUGUAUGGAACAAUUUGUGCUGAAGGAGGUAAGCUGACGAGCAUUAUUCAAGGUCCAUCUGCGGUCUUGCUGCUUAUUUUAUGGUUACUCUUCGUAUUAGUUAUGCAAGCUAGUUACUGCGGAACCCUCAUGUCUGUUCUAACCUUUCCUUGGUCCGAGCCCUCCAUCAAUACGCUGCAUGAUCUAGCUCAAGCUGUCGUUAAAAAGGGGUAUAAAUGUGGUUGCAGGAAAGGAACUAUAAACUGUGAUACUAUGCUGGAAUUGCAGGGUGAUUUGAAAGUAAUUGCUGAAUCUCUGAGUAGUGAUCGGCGGAAUUUUGUUCGAUCUGUACGAGAGGGCUUGGACAGAGUCUUAGAGGGUAACUUUGCCUUUCUUGCUCAGCAGAUUGGUUCCGUGUAUGAAGCGCAGACAAUGCCGUCGCCUUAUUUUAGUAUGAGUGGCGAAGGAUUGGAUAUCGAACUGUUUUCUCUCGCAGUUAGGGAUGAUUUUCAGUUCUUGGAAGGUAUCAAUGAAGU